AAACUUCCAAAAGCAGCCAUGCGACGCAACAAUCGCACCCGUGCUGGUGCUGGUGUAGGCGGUGGGGGAGGGGUAGUGGCCGUCCCGAUCAAUCCGAGUACCAGGCGUGGACACGACAAACGUCAAUUGGAAGACUAUCGAGAGCUCGAGCUGUUACAGCAACCCAGCAGCAGCAGUAGCUGCAGUACCAGAAACAGCAGCAAUCGGAAGAUGCCAACACGCACCUCAUCACGGCCAGUCGGUACGAUUUACACCAUCACGAACAUAGCGAGCGUGAAAAACAAAAUGUCAUCCCUACUGUCCGGUUAUGGCAAAAUGAAGGGUCUGUCCGAGUCCAUCGAUCCGGCCGCACUCAUCGAGCAGGUAGUGGCCGAUAAGAUGCAACAGGACAAAUUGCAACGUCAAAGACAGCUAACGGCGGGUGUUGGUGCCGGUGCGCAAUCAUCCGGUGGCGGUAACAGUGCCACGUACCGGCAGCUACGAGAGACCCACCUGAUCAUCGAUUCGGAUGCAACGAGCGGUGAGGAGGAGGAAGAGGACGAUGACGAAGGUGUGAACGAUAUCUGUCAGCAGGCCAACGAUGGGCUGCAGCUGAACGAUGACGAGGAAAGUGAAAGGUCCGAAUCGGAAGUAAACUCUUCAUCCGGUUGGUCCAAGCGGAGGAAGGGAGCCGGCAGGACGGUUGAUGCGUCCGCCUGCGACACUACAUCGUCCGUGCAGGGUGACGAUGUGGUAGAGGAUGAGGAGGCGGAAGAUGAGGAGGAGUACGAAACGCACGAAGAUCCAGAAGAUAUGCAGGGUGACGAAGAGUACGAGGAGCUGGACGUUGAUCAGUACGUGGUGGAUGAUGAGCAGGAAGACGUGGACGACGAACAGGAGCAGGAGUAUGACGAGGAGGAGCAGGAGGAGGAGGACGACGACGGAGAUGAGCCGGUCGAUACGACGGAUGAGCUGCAGCAGGACAAUGCGGAUGAGGACGAGGUGGAGGAGGAUGAAGCGGAGGAGGAAGACGACGACGAUGAUGACGUGCAGGAGGUGAUCGAUGUGGAGCAGCACGAUCAGAUGAGACAGCAGGGAGGCAACGGCAAACAGAAGCAACAGAGCAACAGUAACAGAGCGUCCAAGGGUGGACAGAAGCGAACGGAUAGUGUCAUCUACAAUGGCACGCAUACGGCGCCCCAACUAUCGCAGGCGGACGUGGACGAGCGGGAGAUGAUCAAGAUAUCGGCCAUCAACACUAAAGUUCAACUGAACGAUCAGGACAAAGUGAGUUUGGAUGACUUCGAGAUGCUUAAAGUCCUCGGAACGGGAGCCUACGGAACGGUAUACUUGGUCCGCAAGCUGACCGGUGUGGACAAGAACAAAAUCUACGCCAUGAAAGUGCUAAAGAAGGGUAUCGUCAGCCUGAAGAAAAAGACCGCCGAACACACGCGAACCGAACGACAGGUGCUUGAAGCGAUACAGGAAGCUCCGUUUCUGGUCACGAUGCAUUACGCCUUCCAGACGGAAUCGAAGCUGUACCUCAUCCUGGACUACGUGAUCGGGGGCGAACUGUUUACACUGCUCUGCAAGCGAUUGCUCUUCGAAGAAUCGGCCGUACAGAUCUACAUUGCGGAGAUAAUCGUUGCAAUUGAACAUCUACACAAGCUCGGAAUUGUGUAUCGGGACAUUAAGCUGGAAAACAUUCUCGUUGACGCGGACGGUCACAUAGUGCUCACCGACUUCGGUCUGUCGCGCGAGCUCGUCUACGAGAACGAGCGUGCCCACAGCUUCUGCGGUACGGUCGAAUAUAUGGCACCGGAAAUACUGAAACCGACGCAGCAGGGCCACGACACGGCCGUCGAUUGGUGGUCGGUCGGUGUGCUUACGUUCGAGCUGCUUACCGGUGCCUCACCGUUCGCCGCCGAACCGAACGAUAUUGCCCGGCGUAUCACCGAGACGGAAGCGAUCAUACCGGAAAAUCUAUCCGCCGAAGCGACCGACUUUAUCCGCAAGCUGCUGGUGAAGGAUCCGAAGCGACGACUCGGUAGCGGUAAAGCGGAUGCAUCGGAACUUAAGUCCCACCCGUUCCUGCGGUCGAUCAACUGGUCGCGGUUGGUACGGAAACAGAUACAGGCUCCGUUUCCACCGGUGGCUGAGAAUGAUCGUGAUACGCGCAACUUUAGCUCGGAAUUUACCAAGCUGGACGUUUCGGAAAAUCCGUGCAAUCCGCCAAAAAAUGCAGACCGGUUAUUUAGAGGGUACUCUUACGUUUCGCCUAAGCUCCUUACCAAAACCAUCGCCGAUCGGAACAAGUUCAUCCCGAUCCACAAUAUGCGCCCGCAGGAGAACUACAUCCGGCAAACGGCAUCGAAGCAAUCACCCUUCUUCCGCAAGUACACCCUAACGAACGAUUCUGCAAUCGGCGUCGGUUCGUACUCGACGUGCUUCAAGUGCCAGCGGUUACGCAGCAGUAGCUACUUCGCCGUCAAGAUCCUGUUCAACCAUCCACAUACGGUUGGGUUCGCGAAACACGAAGCCGAAGCAUUGCGCGAACUGCAAGAGCACCCGAACGUGGUACAAUUCGUCGAGAUGCUGGAAGACAAGGACUACCUCUAUCUCGUGCUCGAGCUACUCGAUGGUGGUGAGCUGCUGCAGCGCAUCAACCGACAGCCGGGCCAACAGACAGAGUCACGCAUUCGGGGCUACUUUUCGCAGUUGGUCGAUGCGGUCGCUUUUAUCCAUCGGCAAGGUUAUGCCCAUCGGGACCUAAAGCCGGAAAACGUUAUCUUCGAGCGUGCGGCUAGCGAUCGGUUACGGUUGAUCGAUUUCGGAUUUGCUCAGCGGCUUGAUAGUAAUACCGGUGAGGGAAGAAUACCGGCCGGUACGCUGGGCUAUACGGCGCCGGAGGUUAUUAGCGCCAUGAAAACUGGAGCCACCAACACCACCAACACUUCGUACUCGCUCGAAACGACCGAUCUGUGGUCGCUCGGUGUCAUCCUCUACACGAUGCUGUGUGGUCAGGCACCGUUCACACCGCGCCAGUUCUUCGGGCACGAUAAUCUCGCCUCGACCUCGAAGCAGAUGGAAAUCAUUACCGACAAAAUACGGCGCGGUUCGUUCGAUCUUAGCUCCAGCAUCUGGAUGGGUGUGAGCGAAAGUGCGAAGAAUUUGGUCCGUGCGCUGCUCACCGUCAAUCCGGAGCAGCGCAUUACGAUGCAGGAGCUGCAGAGCCACGAUUGGUUGCUGUGUGAUGUGAGCAAGCGAAGAGGGCAACAGCCAUCGCUGGCCGCGUACAGCCGCGGUUUGUCGAGUCAGGCGAAGGUGUCGUUCGACAAGCUGCAGAUAAACGUGCGCAACACGUACGAUGCAUUUAAACUGGCGGAGGAGAAUGGUUUCCGGUUGCACCGGGAAGGUCCUAUCCGGCGAAGAAGCUUAGGUGGUGUAAUGCUGCAGACGCAAACGACGGUACCGGCACGGCGAACGACGAGCAAUGGAGCAGACAAGUCUAGUUCGGUAACAACCGUAGUGCCUAAACAUCAGAACGCUCUCAGUAGUAGCAGUAGCAGUAAUAGCAAAACCAAACGAAUGCAUCAGCAAAAGAGCGAUCUACCGGUGUCCAGUACGAAAUCGAUCGAAUCGCAGUAUAGCAGCUCGAUAGAGGAAAGCUCCUCGAGUGGGAUUGGGCGUAGCAAAAGCAGCAAAAGCAGUCUGUCCCAUUCGGGCAGCCCGAUGCGUGACACGCGCCAAAUGUCCAACAGUUCCGUUGUGAUCGUAAUCGAUGAGGAUGAAGAUGAGGUACGGCGGGAUGUGCACAGUAGAUCGGAGCCAGAUGUGAACGUUGCGGUAGCAGCGAAAGAACCAACGGAAGUGUCAAUUGCAGUUGAAGAUAUUUCGCUUGGAUCAUCGGAUAGUUUGACGAAACAAAAGACGACGACCACGGAAGAAAAGGUAGUGGACGAACAGACCGAUGAAAUUGCGAUCGAUGUAGAGGAGAAUGAGGAGGCAGCGAAUACGGUGGCUCAGCAGCCAGAAGAAACGGUGGUGAUGGUGGUGGACUGUAACAGAAAGUCAGCCGAAAACAAUAACAACGAGGUAGUGGAUGGCAGUCUAGUAGGGUCGACGACGAAAGAGUCGUCCCAUCGGGAAAUUGAGAAAUCGACAAAGAACUCCAGUAAGCCACGUCAAGCGAAACCGCCACUUCUUUCGUCGCACGAAAUGUCCUUAGAAGUGCGGCAAAUAAUGAGCGAAGAGAAUUUUUCCGAUACGACGAAAGAAUUGCUUGGUGCCUCGAUCGACCUAGAACCUGUGGUGUGGGCUGACAAAGAAAACGAGCCAACUUCUUCGGUUAAACCCGUCAGCAGUAGGAGUGGUAGCAGGCAUAGCAGCAGGGUAGUUAGUAAUGCGGUUGAUGUACCGACCGCACCAAACCGGACAACAAAAGUGACGAUUAAAAAGGAACGUUUAGAGGCGCCCUCUGCAGCGGAUAAUGGUUCCGUCGUCUCCAAGAAGCCCUUGGAAAAUCACCUGUUCGAACCGAAGCUGAUUAAGCGCGAAUGUGUAGCAUUACGAGACAGUAAUUAUAAGCUGCCGGCACGGACACUUUCCGCCCAAAGCGACGUAAACGGCAUGGCCAAUGAUGUAGUGUACCUUGGUUACGUGAACGAUGAGGACGCACCGUACUGUGGGUUCGAGGAAGAGGAGUGUGAACAAUUCAUUGGCUGCUCCGAGUACGAUCAGAUCAUACGCUCGAAGCUGUGGAUGAUGCGCAUGAAGCAACCGACGCCUGGUGAAGGCUAUCCGUACAGUGUGCUGGGUGUGUUCGAUCAGCAACCAAGACGGAUAACCAAACGCCGGGCGGAAGUAGAUGCGAUGGACGAAAGAUUGGGCGUUUUUGCUGCUGCGAUUGUUUGCGAACCACGCCCAAAACGAUUGCGGCAAAUCGAACGGAAAAACUAUUCACUGUCGAGACGAUACACGAUAGCGCCUGGAUUGCCCGGAGAGCAGCAAACGAUCUUUGUUAAGCGGGAAGUGUGCUGA